AUGGCCAUUGAGACGGUGACCAUUAUCAACAACUCGGGGAAGAUUAUAAGCAACGGUAAACAUCUCUUUGGUCUUUUCAAAGAGGCCAAGGCAUCGUAUCAAGAGAAGAAGGCGGCCAUCAAGGCCGAGCGUGCAAUUAAGCGCAGCAACACCUACGACGUCGCAGCCGUUCCGCAGUACUACGAUGAGGUCGAAUACGUGAGACCUGCCCCAGGGCGCCGGGUGUCGCAUGACGACGUUGAGUCUCACACAUCUUCCCGACGGAGCCACCGCUCGAGGCACUCGAGACGUCCCGAGGAGCGCUCGCGGUCGAGGGGGAGGUCGGCCUUGACGGCUACCAAUCUCGAGAUCCUCUCCGAGGUCUCUUCUACAGCACCCUCGCGCGCUCCUGCAGCAUACCAGUCUCCAUAUGCUGAGACCAUCCCUUGGGAGGGGGCCAUGAGCCGGCCGACGAUGCAACACUACCCAAUCGCGGCUCCGGACUAUGGUCAAAUGGUGCCAGCAAUGCCUCACCAGUUGGUGCGCUCGCAUACUGAACCUGUGGUCCCGACGACCAAAAAGAAGGAGAAGGAAAUCGAUAUGAAUUUGGCCUAUGGCAACAUUCCCCCAGACCUAGCAUCUCGUGUGGAUCUUGACCCAGCGUACAAGGCCGCAGCGAAGGAGCAGCAUGCGCAUACACUAAUGGAGCGAGUUGAGGGUCUCCUCAUUGAGGCGCACUGCAUGCAUCACACGGCAAACCACAUGAUCGAGCAUCUCAAGACCAGGCCAGAGGCGGCUGCAGCCGUCGCAUUGACUCUGGCGGAGCUUUCGACCUUGCUAGGAAAAAUGUCGCCCUCGUUCCUGGGCGCCAUCAAGGCCGGUAGUCCAGCCGUUUUUGCUCUCCUCGCCAGUCCGCAGUUCCUGAUUGCCGCGGGUCUGACUGUAGGCGUCACAGUUGUCAUGUUUGGCGGCUGGAAGAUUGUGAAGCGGAUCAAGGAGGCAAAGGAGGCCGAGGCGGCCAUGGCUUUUGAGGCCCAGCAAGCGCCGCCUAUGCAUUACCCAGUUGGCGACCUGCCCAUGGGCCGCGAUCAUGUUCUUCCGUAUCCACCUACCGAGUACAGCGCCGAGUUCGACGAGGCACUGGUGCUUGAAGAAGAACUCAGCACCAUUGAGACUUGGCGCCGUGGCAUUGCACCAUCCGGCGAGGAUGACUAUCAAAGCAGCGCCGAUUUGGAGCUCAUUACCCCCGACGCCAUGCGCAGCCAGUACAACCUGGAUGAUGCCCAGUCCGUGCGGAGUGCGCGCACUACGAGAACCACCAAGACGCACAAGUCGUCCAAGAGCCACAAGUCGACAAGGAGCAGCAAGAGCCACCAUGCGGAUGACGUGAGCAUCCCCGACAGGCAGAGCAGUCGCGACUUCAAGGACUCGCAGAGCGAAGCGGGUAGCGAGCGCAGUCAUCGUAGCCACCGUUCUUCUGCAUCGAAGCGGUCAGAGAGAACAGAAAAGUCGUCGCGGCGCGGAACCAUGCUGCUUGAAGACGGUUCGAAAGACAGGGAGAACACUAUCGACGUGGUUAUUCGUGGCAAGAGCAAGGAGAGCAUGUUGAAGAACAUGUUCAAGAAGAAGAAGAAGGACGAUGACGAGAAAUCGAACCGACUGGAGAGCGUGCUGUCCUUCAGGACUGAGACGAGGGUGUAA